UCUGGGGCAGCAGAAGCAGGACAGCCAGACAGGCCGGACGGGGUACCAGCGCCUCGACUUCUCUCCCUGGGACACUAUCCAAACUCCGAGGGCCAUAGGCCAAGCUGAGUGAUGGGUGCUGAGGAGGAGGUGCUGGUCACACUGUCAGGGGGAGCCCCCUGGGGCUUUCGACUUCAGGGGGGGGCCGAGCAGAGGAAGCCCUUACAGGUGUCCAAGAUCCGAAGACGGAGCCAGGCUGGCAGAGCAGGACUCCGAGAGAAGGACCAGCUUUUGGCCAUCAAUGGGGUCUCCUGUACCAGCCUCUCUCAUGCCAGUGCCAUGAGCCUCAUCGAUGCCUCAGGGAAUCAGCUUGUCCUCACCGUGCACCGGGUAGAGGACGAGGGGCCUGUGAGAUCUCCAUCCCCUGGUGAGCGUCAGGCACUGUCACCCUUAUCUCCUCUGAGUCCUGAGCCCCCUGGUGCUCCAGUUCCCCAGCCUCUUCAGCCCGGAAGCCUGCUCUCACCCCCUGACAGUGAGGCUUACUAUGGAGAGACAGACAGUGAUGCUGAUGGCCCAGCCACCCAGGAAAAGCCCCGCCGACCCCGUCGCCGAGGCCCCACAAGGCCCACCCCUCCAGGAGCCCCACCUGAUGAGGUCUACCUGUCUGACAGCCCUGCGGAGCCAGCACCUGCUGUCCUUGGCCCUCCCAGCCAGGGUGACAGCCGCGUGAGCUCCCCAUCUUGGGAGGACGGGACGACUAUUCAGCCAUCCCCAGCUGAGGCCCUGCUGUUGCCACGUGGUCCCCUCCGGCCUGGCCCCAAUCUCAUCCCUAUGGUGGGGCCUGUUCCCCACCCGGUGGCAGAAGAUCUUACUACCACUUAUGCCCAGAAGGCCAAACAAGCCAAACUGCAACGGGCAGAGAGCCUCCAAGAGAGGAGCGUGAAGGAGGCCAAGACGAAAUGUCGGACAAUUGCAUCCCUGCUAACCGCAGCCCCCAACCCCCACUCCAAGGGGGUGCUGAUGUUUAAGAAACGUCGGCAGAGAGCCAAGAAGUACACCCUAGUGAGCUUUGGGGCUGCGGCUGGGACAGGCGCUGAAGAGGAAGAGGACGGUGUCCCUCCGACUAGUGAGUCUGAGCUGGACGAGGAGGCCUUCUCAGACGCUCGCAGCCUCACCAACCAGCCCGACUGGGACAGCCCCUACCUGGACAUGGAGCUGGCAAGGCCAGGCUCAAAAGCGGCAGAGGGCCAGGGCCCGGGGCUGGGAGGGCAGCUGACUGAGGCCUCUGGGCGAGGGGCCCAACUCUUUGAACAGCAGCGCCAGCGCGCAGCCUCCAGCACCCUGGAGCUGGCCCGGGAUGGUCCAGCAGCCAUGCUCAACGGGCAGGGCCUGCAGUCACCACCUAGGGCACAAAGUGCUCCCCCGGAGGCGGCUAUGCUCCCCCCCAGCCCUUCGCCGGCCCCUGUAGCCAGCCCCAGACCUUUCCUUCCUGGCGGUGGAGCCUCUACCCCAGCCCCAAGCAUCUUUAACCGGUCAGCCAGGCCCUUUACCCCGGGCUUACAAGGCCAGCAGCGGCCAGGUACCACCUCGGUUAUUUUCCGACCCCUAGCUCCCAAGAGGGCAAAUGAAAGCCUGGGAGGCCUGAGCCCCGCCCCACCGCCUUUCCAGUUCUCUCAGCAGGGGACCACUCCUCUGCCCAGCUUCACGUCAGGGGUUCCCAGCCACGUGCCAGCCUCGGGUUCCCGCAGCACUUCACGCUCCUCGGGCUCCGUGACGGCCACCAGCUCCCUAUACAUCCCAGCCCCCAAUCGUCCCGUGACGCCAGGCGGAGCCCCAGAGCCCCCCGCCCUCUCUAGCGGAGCUGCCAAGACCUCCACCGCUUCUAUCUUCCUGUCCGCGCCUCUGCGACCCGCUGCGCGCCCUGAGGCGCCCGCCCCUGGCCCCGCGGCCCCUGAGCCCCCCAGCGCUCGGGAGCAGCGCAUCUCUGUGCCAGCUGCUCGCACCGGCAUCCUCCAGGAGGCCCGGCGUCGGGGGACCCGGAAGCAGAUGUUUCGGCCUGGAAAUGAGGAGACGAAGAACUCGCCCAACCCAGAGCUGCUAUCGUUGGUGCAGAACCUGGAUGAAAAACCCCGGGCUGCGGGCGCUGAAUCUGGUCCAGAGGAGGAUGCUCUGAGCCUCGGGGCUGAAGCCUGCAACUUCAUGCAGCCACCAGGGGGCAGGAGUUACAAGACGUUGCCUCACGUGACACCUAAAACCCCGCCUCCAAUUGCACCCAAGACCCCACCCCCUAUGACUCCUAAGACUCCACCCCCAGUGGCUCCUAAGCCCCCAUCUCGAGGGUUCCUCGAUGGGCUAGUGAAUGGGGCUGCCCCUUCAGCUGGAAUCCCUGAACCACCAAGGCUUCAGGGCAGGGGUGGGGAGCUGUUUGCCAAGCGGCAGAGCCGAGCAGACAGGUAUGUGGUGGAAGCUACACCUGGUCCUGGCCUUGGCCUUGGGCCCAGAAGCCCUUCUCCUACCCCCUCAUUGCCCUCUUCCUGGAAAUAUUCACCCAACAUCCGUGCCCCACCUCCUAUUGCUUACAACCCACUGCUCUCACCCUUUUUCCCCCAAGCUGCCCGAACUCUCCCUAAUAAAGCCCAAUCCCAAGGGCCUAGGGCAACCCCCAAGCAGGGCAUCAAGGCUCUGGAUUUCAUGCGGCACCAGCCCUACCAACUUAAAACUGCCAUGUUCUGUUUUGAUGAGGUUCCCCAGACUCCUGGACCCACCUCCUCAGGGCCUCCCAAAACUGCCCGAGUCCAGGAGAUCCGCCGAUUUUCCACUCCAGCACCCCAGCCCACUGCAGAACCCCUGGCCCCCACUGUGCUUGCCCCCCGAGCAGCCACUACAUUGGAUGAGCCUAUCUGGAGGGCAGAGCUGGCAUCAGCCCCUGUCCUUAGCCCAGCCCCUCCUCUGGAGUCUCCCAGGGGUCUUGGUACCUCUCCCAGCUCCUGUGGCUUCCAGGUAGCCAGGCCCCGGUUCUCAGCUACCAGAACAGGAUUGCAGGCUCAUGUAUGGAGGCCUGGGGCAGGUCACCACUGAGCAGGACACAGCUCCCAGGACCAAGGGGUGGUGGAACAUCCAGUUCCUAAAGUUGCUUCUCCUACCUAUCCCACCCCCACUCUCAGGCAUCUGGAGGCUAAAUUGCCUCCUGCCAGAGAUAGUUUUGGAGUUGGUGUCCCAUCCCCCAGCUUCCUCCUGGCUCCCAGUCUCCCUGCUGUUUUCCAACCUAUGAUCUCUGCUUUGGUGUCUGUGCUUCUCUUUUUCUCUAUAGUUCCUUGCCUGGAUCUCUGUCUUUAUCUCUAGGUCUCUCCACCUACACUCCUCCACUGGUCUUUAUUUCUCUAUAUUUGUGUUUUUUUCUCUGUGGGUCUCAUUUUAACAUUCAGUGAGAAACACACAGAUGUUAUCACUGAGACCUCAGACAAGAAGCUCACCAUCAGACAGGCAGCAAAGGGACUGAACUGACCCCUGUUUGCGUUAAGUUGCUCGCUGCUCCUCGUUCUUUUUCCCAAGCUUGGUUGGCUAUACCUAGGUGCGUGUGUGUACGUGUGUGUGUGUGUGUACAAGUGUGUGCAUGUGCACAGAUGUGCUCUUCUGGGCAAGAACAAGAGGAGAGGUAGAGACCCAAUCUGGGUUUUGCCCUUGUACUGAUGGAAGAAGGGUCAGCUGUCCCCACAUGGAUUGCCUGGUGGGGAGAAAGAUUCACUAGAGUUAAAGACCAUCAUCUGUAGCAGAUGUAGAGCAUUUUGUGAAACUCAUGGAGGAUGAGGAGACUUGAAGGGCCAGGGCAGUUUGUAUGGGUUGAGUUACACCAGCUAGACCAGGAACAGAACUAAGAAUGCUGUUCCUCAGGAUUUCAGAAAGUUAGCAACUCAAGAGGCCCAUGCUGAGCAACAAAGCAUCCAGGAAGUGAAAAAAAAAAAAUUUCCUCUGAGAAUAAACAAAUCAUUGGCUUUAUUGUCCCAUGACUCUAAGCUAGAAAGGAAGGUGACUAGAGCCAUGAUGUGGAAAGUGAGGUAGAAACCAGGAGCAGACCAGAAGUGAAUGACAUUGAUUGGGCCACAGAGAGGAACAUGGUGAGGGAGAGUGCAGUGUUGGCAGAGUAAAAUUGGGGAAUAAGAAACCAACUGUGUACACAAGGAGAGUUGGGGGAAAUUUUGAGGGAGAAGAAUGUAUUUGUUAGAGUGAAGGGGGAUGAUGGUGGAGGGAUGUGUGUGUGCCGAGUGUUGAGAGAACGGGUGGUAUCUGUGCUGCCUCCCUUGAGUCUGUCCCUCUGUCUUCUGCAGCUUGUCAUAACUACCUGGGAAAGGGCAAGGAAGCAGCCAGAGCCAAAAACCUCUUUUUAAGUUCUACCCCAUCCCUCAAACCCUAGCUCGUGUUCCUUUCCAGCUUCAGGUCCUGAUCACUGACCCUAGAGGGGUCCGGACUCCCCUAGAGGGAUCCGGACUCCCCUCUCACCAUGGCCACCACCAGUCACGUUUGUUGCUUGAUCUGGAAAUUGAUCAUUUCCUUUGCAUACCGGGUGUGAGUCAUAGUACUUUGGUUUGUGCACAAGAAUAAACUUAUGCUCC